AUGACCACCACAGGCAGAGCCUUGCUCAUUGCCAGUCCAUUUCAGGGCCUUCGAGGGCCUGUAUCCGACGCGGAUGCAGUGGCCAGUGUCCUCUGCAAGCGAGGAUUUGAAAUCACUCGCUGCUACGGUCGUGACGCGACAAGGGACGGGAUUCGUAAUGCCUGGAACACUUUUAUCAAAUCUAUAGCCAUCGAUGAUGCCGUCGUCAUCUAUUACUCCGGACACGGCGGGCUGGUAACACGUCCCAAGCACGGGGAAAGCAGCAAGCUGCCGGACGAGCCAGAGCAUGUGAAGCAGUGGCACUAUCAGUUCCUGGUCCCGGUUGACUAUGACCAGAGUACAGCUGACGACUUUCGCGGCAUUCUGGACGUGGAACUGUCGUAUUUGGUCGAGCGGACGACAAACAAGAGUCGAAAUGUGACGGUGAUCCUGGACUGCUGCCACGCAGGGGGCAUGGCUCGCGAUCCGGGCUUGGGAGGAGAUGCUGUUCCAAAAAGUCUCCUGAAAGUACUAGACUAUCACAACCUGUCGAGGGUAGUCGAUAAACUGCUCCAGGACGGCCGCGUGGGACGUGAUGAAGAAGACGGUCUAAUUCUCGGCAACCCGCACGCGGUUCGAAUUGCUGCAGCCGCCCCUCCAGAGACAGCAUGGGAAUAUCGAAAUGCCCGGGGGGAAUGGACUGGAGCCCUUACCGAGGCGCUGGUUAGGGCUCUCGAAGAGGCUGACGGACAGGAGGCUACCUGGAGAAGCACUGCCCUGCGCGUUCGGGAGCUCGUCAAUGUCAUGUUCCCUGGGCAGCAUCCCCAGGUCGAAGGCCCUGCUACACGGCUACACUUUUCGAUCAAGGAGCAGCCUUCCCAGGUGUUGCUGCUGAAAUUGGAAGACGAUAUCCCGGUCAUUCAAGCCGGCGCUGUAGCGGGAAUCAGAAAGAAAAACCGCUAUUCCGUCAUGCCACUGAGAGCGAGUCGGGCCGAUUCACAAACUCGCCUGGCCGAGGCAACUGUUACUCAUGUCACUGGUUUUCGUGCGCUUACCGAGCUAUCGUCCAGCACCACGGGGUUGGACAACGGUAUCGGUAUCAUUCCCCCAGAAGGCGCACUCUGCUUCCUAGAGGCAGAAUCCCUUCACCAGUGGCCAGUCAAGUUGCAUGCUCUGGAUCCAAGCGCCCUCACAGACGAGAUUGAAAAGUCCCAGUAUCUGAGAAUCUGUAACGACUAUAACGACCAGCCACUGCUGGUACAUUUUCACCAGACGUCGGACUGGGUUUCUCUUGUCACAAACCGUGGCAUACAGAUCGCGCAGCGGCAUGUGGGGGGCGAAGACGCGGAGCGAAUGCAAGCCUACCGUGACAUCGUGACCGACGCGGAAAAGGUCGCUCGCGCCCAGCACCUAUUAUCAUUGAGAGCUGAGGACCCCGCAGAGCUCCUCACACACCAGAUAGAGCUUGAGGUUGGGCUCGUGCAGGACGGCCAACGCACCAGGAUACUCAAGCCCGAGCGAGGGUACGAUCACGUCACCGAGGGUGAUCGAGCCUAUAUUAUGCUGAGCAAUAAAGGUCGCGACUCGGUCUACGUCUUUGUGUUCGACAUCAAUGUGACCGGUGCAAUCUCUUUGAUAUCCGCCUCGAGUCCCCGGGGUAUCCGACUAGACCCUGGCCAGUCACAUACCAUCGGCAGUAACCGCUUUGGGACACUCAGAGGACUGCCCUUUAGCUGGCCCAAGCGGAUCUCGAAGGACCGCCCGGUCGACGAGCGAUUGCUAUUCAUUCUUACCAACGCCCCAGUUGACUUGGGGCACCUGAGCGACUCGGAACACCGCAGCAGUACCGGCCGUGGCGGACUGUCCAACCUGGAGAAAGUUACAUCUAGCAUUUCGUCUGGCAACAGCCGCGACUUGUCAAGGCAGCUGGAUGGGGACGAUGUCAUGUUCGAGGUCGUUCACGUGCCAUUUAUGCUAUGUCCAUUGGGUUGGAAUAAUGGUGGCGAAGAGGUAAUGGAUCUAGAGGAUGUAAGAGAUGCUAAGGGCAAUCAAGAGCACGUAACAUUGCUUGCCGACCUCCCUUCCCCUGCGUCCUUGGCAGAGACGGGUGAUUUCCCUGAAAUACCCCCUCACAUUGCGCCGAGUUCCAAGGGCAUACUUGGCCGCCUCGUCAGGGCGGGGAAGAAAAUCCCCGCAUGCGUCUGGGUCGUGAACCGGCACACCGACGACAUUGUCGUUGUGGUCUCGAAAUACCGGCCCAGCCGCCUGUUAACGCAAGCAGGCCUUGAGGUUUCUGCAACCGGAGUCGGGUUUAACCUGGGCUCUGUAACGAUCCAGGGCCCAGCCACGCGGAAGACACUACCGCCCGAAGAGCGGGAUCCAAAAGGCGCCAUUGCUGUCUUCCCCAUGUGGACUCGAAAGGAUGGAUUCGGGGUCAUUACGAUAUUCAAGGGCUCGUCAGAACUGCCUUAUAUCGAGAAUGACCGCAUCCCCCUCGGGGCAACAGCGUAUUUUGUGAACCGGCCGGACUUGGAGUUUGUCGAGUACAAAGCAGAGGAGGAGCCUCACUGA